AUGUCAAUCUCGUCGAUUUCACCAAAUAGACAGAUGCAUAACGAAAAUCAUGAAUCUUCAAAAAGUAUUGAAAAAAGAUUUAUAAGUAAUCCUCAACAAAUAUCUGAACCUUUAUUAUCACCAAAUAAAAGGCAAUUUUUAAAACAAAUGAGUCCUAACAUCACCAAGAAAUAUAAAACUUUUUCAAAUGAAUUAAUAUCAAAACCUCCAAAUUUAAAAGAAUCAAAAUUUCAAAGACCUCAAUUACCAGCUUCUUUAAAACCUUCAUUAGAUAAAAGAUCAAAAACUACUUUAGAAUCACCAACUACUACUAGUAGUAGUACCACUAACAGCUCAAACAACAACAACAAUUCAUUACCAUUUAAUCUACGUCGAUCUAAUUCAUUAAUAAAUAGAUCAACAAAUACUGAAUCAUCAAUUCCUGAUAGAUUUAUUCCUUCUCGACAUAAUUCAACUACUGGUAAAUUAGAUUCUUCCGUUCCUCAACCUGCUCCAAAUGCUUCACCUGAAACUCAUAUAAAAGCUCAAACAUCAAUUAUAUAUCAACAUCAUGUUGCUGAAGCUUGUGGAUUAGAAAUGAAUUCAAGAAUUUUAUUAUAUCAACCUGCACCACCAGAAAGUAAAAAAUCAAUAAAUUUAAUAUCAUCACAAUUUAAAAAUCAAAAUCAACAAUCAAAAUUAAAAUUAAAUAAUGGUAAAAAUUCACUACCUCCAUCUAUUGCAUCAGCAAGAGCUAAAAAAAUUCCUUCAGCUCCAGAAAGAGUAUUAGAUGCUCCUGGUAUAGUUGAUGAUUUUUAUUUAAAUUUAUUAGCUUGGUCACUGUAUAAUUUAUUAGCUAUUGGAUUAGAAGAUACUGUAUAUGUUUGGAAUGCAUCAACUGGAUCAGUUGGUUUAUUAUGUGAAUUACCAGAAAAAAAAAUUGUUACAUCAUUAAAAUGGUCACAAGAUGGUUCAUAUGUUUCAAUUGGAAAAGAUGAUGGAUUAAUUGAAAUUUGGGAUAUUGAAAAAAAUAUUAAAUUAAGAACUUUAAAUUGUGAUAAUCAUUUAACAAGAAUUGCUUCACAAGCUUGGAAUCAACAUAUUUUAACAAGUGGUAGUAGAAUGGGGAAUUUAUAUCAUUCAGAUGUUAGAAUUUCUUCUCAUUUUAUAAAUAAAUUUGAGAAUUGUCAUUCUUCUGAAAUUUGUGGAAUUGAAUAUAAUCAAAAACAAUUUGUUACAGGAGGUAAUGAUAAUGUUAUAAAUAUAUUUGAUAUUAGAAAUAAUUCUCAACCUUUAUUUUCAAAAAAUAAUCAUAAAGCUGCUGUAAAAGCAUUAUCUUGGUGUCCUUAUCAAUCUAAUUUAUUAGCUACAGGAGGAGGAUCAACUGAUAAAACUAUAAAUUUUUGGAAUACAACAACAGGUUCAAGAGUAAAUACUAUAGAAACUGGUUCACAAAUUUCUUCAUUAAAUUGGGGUUAUGCUAAUGGUACAGGAAUGGAAAUUGUUGCAACUCAUGGAUAUCCAACAAAUAAUAUAUCAUUAUUUAGUUAUCCAACUUUACAAAAAACUGGUGAAAUUACAAAUGCUCAUGAUACAAGAAUUUUAAAUGGUUGUUUAAGUCCUGAUAAUUUAACUUUAGCAACUGUUGCAGGUGAUGAAAAUUUAAAAUUUUGGUCAUUAUUUGAUUUAAAAAAUUCAAAGAAAAGAUAUAAUGAUGAAGAUGAUAUUGAUGAUUUGAAUAAUAAAGAUUCAAAUGAACCAAAAAGAGUUAAAAGAUUAAUAAAUCUUAGAUAA